GAAUAAUUGAAUGAAUAGCGGGGAGUCAACAUUCCCUAGCAAGUGAGGAAACGGUUAACGGUUGCAUAAUAUAUAUGUAUGUAUGGUCAUUUCCUGAACUACAAAGUACUGCCAAAACAAUAUCUUCUGACUUGCUUCUCAUCACAUGUGGCUCUUGCAUGCUAUGAAUUACACACAUCACAGCAGAUUGCAAAUUUAAGCCUGGUACAAUCCUGCAAACCUUCAAGAGUCAAGAAAUCAGUCAUACAAAAAUGAAUAAAAACAUGAGCAACUUGGAUAAUGCAACACUGGACAUGCUCAGAAACCCAGCCAUUAGGAUCACCUUGCCAAUUGUGUACUCUGUGAUAGCUGUUAUCAGCAUUCCUGGGAAUAUGUUCUCCCUCUGGAUUCUCUUCUUCCACACCAAGCCAAAAACAAGAACCGUCAUCUUCAUGAUUAACCUGAGCAUCACAGAUCUUGCACUGGCCUCCUGUUUUCCCUUCCAGAUUAUCUAUCAUAUUAAUGGGAACCACUGGCUUUAUGGCAAGAACCUCUGUAGCUUUGUCACAGUGAUGUUUUAUGCAAACAUGUAUUCCUCUGUUGUUACGAUGACCUGCAUCAGUUUGGAGCGCUACUUAGGAGUAGUACACCCAAUGGUGUCCCAAAAAUGGACAAGGAAGAGAUAUGCAGUUGCCAUUUGCUUUGUUACUUGGCUUCUUGUGUUGCUAGCUCUGUGGCCUCUGAUAGUGACUGACCUCACCUAUGAAGUGGAAGAACUGAAAAUUACAACUUGUUUUGAUGUCCUGAAAUGGAGCAUGCUUCCCAACAUUAAGGCAUGGGCAGCUUUCCUCCUAAUGCCAUUUUUUUUCUUUUUCUUGAUUCCAUUCACAGUGACAGUAGUCUGCUACAUUGGCAUCAUUUGCAAGCUCAUCCAGGCUUCUCACAGCUAUGGCAAUGGACAAAAGACUAGGUCUAUCUACUUGGCAGCAAUUGUUCUCUUGGUAUUCAUCAUUUGUUUUGCUCCCAACAACUUUGUCCUGCUGGGACACAUGCUCAGCCGUCUCAGGCACGAGGAGGGCUACUAUCAUAUUUAUAAACUCACUUUGUGCCUCAGUUGCCUCAACAACUGCAUAGAUCCAUUCAUUUACUACUUUGCGUCCAAAGAGUUUUAUCAAAAGUUCAGACAACUGAUAGGCCAGAAGGCAGUGCUAAGUGAUACAACAGAAACCAGAAGGGAAAGUGUGUUUUCUGCCAGGGCAAUGUCAACAAGAUCAAUGUCAAGUGGACACUCAGGCGGGAUGGAUGGGCUUAGACCAUGUUUGCAAAGACAUGAAAGUGUUUUUUAACCCACACGUUCUUAUGAAAUUAUGGUUUUUGUUUUGUUUUGUUUUGUCUCUCUCUCUCUCCAUGGAAUGAAUGAUCACCAACAACAAGGGUUAUAGGAGAGUAGCAAUAUCUUAAAACAACACACUUACAUGUUACUCCUCCUCCCAAUGGCAUCUGAAUGCCUAAUUUUCUCCCAGCCUCUCAAAACAUGCUCAAACCCAUAUGAAGUAACAAGAGCCAUAUCAUAAACUUCCUAGCUUUCAGCAGCACUCAGUGAUGUAGUGCUGGGAUAGAGAAUCCACCCCUUACUGCAUAUUAUAUGAGAUGGAUCAAGACUUAAAUCACUUAAAUCAGUGUGUCUUAAAUUAGCGUAACUAACAAGUCUCAUUGAUUUCAUUUGCUUUUCUCUAAAUAUGACUAAAUCUGGAUCUAAACCAGAGCUGAAGAGCUGGAGGAGAACUGAAUUUAGCAUUUAUCUCUUUGUUGGCUGCUCAGAUCAUACAGUCAUGUAAAUCAUCAUCUGAAGGAAUCAUAAUUUUGAGGCGUUUGUUCAUUUGCUUUUAAAAAUAUAUUAUCCAUUUCUUCUCUCUUUUCCCAUACAUAGCACUCACGUUAGUGAGCUGCCUUUCAUUUCUCUUCAUGCCAACAUGUGGCUAUGUCAAUUGUGACAAGGAUAACAAGCUGUGGUCUUCUAAAUGUUGUCAGACUGUACCUCCCAUCAUCCUGCUAUGCCUAUGCUAGUUAGAACUGAUGGAAUUUGUUGUGCACACAUUAGGGAUGAACAAAAAAUUAACAUGUUUUGUGAGCAUCAACAAACCCUGAUAAGAAGAAUCCUGGAUUGACAAAAGUCUUUGCAGUUUAGGACUAGUUCUGUGCAAAAUUGGCACCUGAUGGUUUUGUGCAUAAAGCAUUUUCUCUGCAGGAAAACCAGCAUUUUCUGUGCACAAAAUCAUUUCAUACACAGAAAUAUUAUUCCCUGUGCUAUAUCUUUUGCAUAACCCUAGUUUAUCUUUGGAUGUAUGCAAGAGAUUAGAUUUUCAUGUGUUUUUAUUUCUAUAUUACUAAGAAUUUAAAUUAAGAUAUUAUAUUUUCAUAUUAAACAUAUCACUGAUGACUUUGUCUAGAUCUGUAAAAAGGAGUUAUUGUUUUGGAGAUCUUAUUUUCAGAAAUAAACCUGGGAAAGUGAGUAAUUAUUUCUAAAGCUACUUUAUAAGGCAUUCAAAGUGGUAGCAACCUUAAUUUAAGCACCAUAUGAAUAUAGCUUAGAAGCUAGGCAUAUAAGGACAUAAGCCCUUAUUACACUUCUCCUUCAUAUCACAUUAAUGUGCUCCAGCCAUUUGUGAUAGAGGUAAUGAAUUGUACUGCACCUUGCUUCUUUCCUGCAGUAAUCUCAACAUAGACUUAUUUUCUGCAUUACCCAUGUCAUAGCCUCCUCCCCAUCCCGCCCCCAGUUUCACGAUUGGUCCCAUUUUUUACUUAUUUGUUUAGCCAUCAUGACAGAAAGAUGUCAUGCUAAUGCCUCGUUCUACGCAAGACCUUUUCUCAUGAGAGGUUGAACAGGAGAGGAAGGUGCCACAUUGUCUCCACCAUUUUUUUUCCAUCUUGUGUAGAAGAAACGUCUUAUUUGAACUUGCAAAGUGGGAUGUACUUUGGCAUUUGAGCCAUUUCCUUGCCACCUUGGCAUCAUAACAUUUUUGCAUCGUGGCACUAAACAGUAGGAUGCUGUAGGGUGCUUGAUCUUCUCAGACCAAGCACUGGCAGUAGUCUGUGGAUUUCCUGUACAAAACCCUUGGGAAAUUAUGAGGAAGGAAAUAACAGGCCACAUGCCAAACCUACCCACAGCCUACCCUGUAAUGGAGUUUUCAUGGAAGGAAGGAGAAUCGGAGUUCUACAGCAAAAAACAAACAAACAAACAAAACCUGUUUGGUGGCCCAAAAGGUGUUAAUUGACAGAUUAUUUCCAACAUGCAAAAAUGCACAUUUGUGAUGGUGCUACAACAGGACAAUGGCAGGACACCAAUGAUGUCAUGCAGUAGGGCAUGAUCGCUGGCUGUGUUGCUGCAUCACUAUGGUGAUUAUCACACGGAGCCUUACUAUCCCUGAAACAUGGCUAAAUCAUCCAUAAAGCUUGUGGGUGUGAUAGCCAAUCAUGCUUGUCUUCCGUGAUUUAAUCAUUAUUGAAGCGUCCCGCUUUUCUUCCGUUAUCAAAGCAUUCGCUCUCCAAUAACGGAAGUUCCCGUUGUUGAAAAAUGGCGGCUCCAUGAACGCUUUGUUGACGGGAGAGGAGCAGGAUGCCUCGAUGAUGGUUAAAUGAUGGGAGGCAAGCAUGAUUGGCUAUCACACUCCUGCACUUUACAGACGAUUUAGCCAUGUUUCAGGGAUGGUAAGGUUCCGUAUGAUAAUCCCUUAUGUUACCAUAGUGCCAUGGCACGAGAAGGCCCUAAGCACUUGGGAUCCUCUGUGUGGAUGGAGAAAUCUGUUUUACUUUUAUUUAACUUUCUCAUGAAAAAAAGUUUCAGUUUGUCAAAUGCAUAGUAUUGUCUUAUUUGACAAUUUUUCAAAAUUCCUGCAAAAAUGAAUCUAUUCCAUUUGUACAUCUACAACCCAGUGUUUUGACAUCUGUGUCCUUUGGUUCACAUAACACUGCAGUGCUGACUGUUACUGAAAAAUAAACAAUUUCUUCUG